GUUCCGGUCCAUUGUCCGAGCGGAGGAAACUCGUAGAGUGAGGCGGAACAGCUAAAGCGGAAUUAGUAGGAAAACAAUGUUGGUCCAUUGGUGUUUUUAAUCGAGUGAAGCCAGUUUGCAGUCAGUCGACCCAACAACGGAGUGUUUCGGUGGCGUGUUUUUAAUUUAUUUAAAACCCUAUAAGGGUUCGUUUUGGUAGGUGCGGCGACCUACCCCAGUAUCCCUUUUGUAAGUGCGGUUUGCUUGUAGCAAGAUGAUUAGUAACUCCAAUCAUCUUUCCAACAAUGUUGAUGUGUACGGGGAUGGCUACAUGGAACCCGAGGAAGAAUGGGAGAGGGAAGGAUUACUCGAUCCGGCUUGGGAAAAACAGCAAAAAAAGACUUUCACAGCAUGGUGCAACUCGCAUCUUCGAAAAGCCGGCACGGCGAUAGAAAAUAUCGAAGAAGAUUUUCGAAAUGGGCUGAAGCUCAUGCUCUUGCUGGAGGUCAUCUCCGGCGAAACCCUACCAAAGCCCGACAGAGGCAAGAUGAGGUUCCACAAAAUCGCCAACGUCAACAAAGCGCUAGACUUCAUCGCCAGCAAAGGAGUCAAACUCGUUUCCAUUGGUGCAGAAGAAAUUGUCGAUGGAAACCUGAAAAUGACGUUAGGAAUGAUUUGGACCAUCAUCCUUAGAUUUGCCAUCCAAGACAUUUCUGUUGAGGAAAUGACUGCAAAGGAGGGUCUACUGUUAUGGUGCCAGCGUAAAACAGCUCCGUACAAGAAUGUCAAUGUACAGAACUUCCAUCUCAGUUUUAAGGAUGGUCUUGCUUUCUGCGCUUUGAUUCAUCGACACCGACCCGAUUUAAUCGAUUACAAUAAGCUGUCCAAAGACAACCCUCUACAAAAUCUCAACACAGCUUUCGAUGUCGCCGAGAAAUUCCUCGACAUACCCCGCAUGUUGGAUCCUGAAGAUAUGACUAACACUGCAAUGCCUGAUGAGCGAGCCAUAAUGACCUAUGUCUCAUCCUACUACCACUGCUUCUGUGGAGCUAAAAAGGCUGAGACUGCUGCAAACAGAAUUUGCAAAGUUCUGAAAGUUAAUCAAGAAAAUGAACGCCUGAUGGAAGAGUAUGAACGCUUAGCUAGCGAUCUCCUUGAAUGGAUUCGCCGCACUCUUCCUUGGCUUCAGAGUCGUCAAACAGAUAAUUCUUUGUCUGGAGUGCAAAAGAAGUUAGAAGAAUACCGAACUUACCGACGACUUCACAAACCUCCACGAGUAGAACAAAAAGCGAAGCUUGAAACCAACUUCAACACUCUUCAAACAAAAUUGCGGCUUUCAAAUAGGCCUGCCUACAUGCCAACCGAAGGAAAAAUGGUUUCAGAUAUUGCCAACGCAUGGAAGGGAUUGGAGACAUCCGAAAAAUCAUUUGAGGAGUGGCUGUUAGCUGAAAUGAUGAGGUUAGAACGUUUGGAACAUCUAGCUCAGAAAUUCAAGCACAAGGCAGACAUCCAUGAAGAAUGGACAAGAGGAAAGGAAGAAAUGCUCCAAAGUCAAGAUUUCCGACAGUGCCGAUUGAACGAACUGAAGGCUCUGAAAAAGAAACACGAAGCCUUCGAAAGUGAUUUGGCCGCUCAUCAAGACAGAGUCGAACAAAUUGCUGCUAUUGCACAAGAGCUCAAUACACUUGAGUACCAUGACAGUGUAAAGGUCAAUGCAAGGUGUCAACGUAUUUGCGAUCAGUGGGAUACUCUGGGUAAUCUGACUCAGCGCAGAAGAUUAGCCCUAGACGAAGCAGAAAAAGUCCUGGAAAAGAUAGAUAUCCUACACCUAGAAUUCGCCAAACGGGCUGCACCAUUCAAUAACUGGCUAGAUGGAACUAGAGAAGAUCUCGUCGACAUGUUCAUUGUGCACACGAUGGAAGAAAUCCAGGGCCUGAUCGAUGCUCACAGUCAAUUCAAAGCAACUCUUGGAGAAGCUGAUAAGGAAUAUAAUUCAAUUGUCUCUCUCGUCAGAGAAGUUGAGUCUACAGUUCAGCAAUACCAAAUUUCUGGUGGAUUAGAAAAUCCAUACACAGCUCUCACAGCCCAUGAUUUAACAAAGAAAUGGUCUGAAGUUCAACAACUAGUUCCUCAACGCGAUUCAACGCUGCAAGCAGAAUUAAGGAAGCAGCAGAACAAUGAAAUGCUGCGUCGUCAAUUUGCUGAGAAGGCUAACCAAGUCGGACCAUGGAUCGAAAGGCAAAUGGACGCAGUCACAGCAAUUGGUAUGGGUCUCCAAGGCUCGUUGGAAGACCAACUUCACCGAUUGAAGGAGUAUGAACAAGGAGUCUACGCUUACAAACCUCAUAUUGAAGAACUCGAGAAGAUUCACCAGGCUGUGCAAGAAGGCAUGAUUUUCGAAAACAGGUUCACACAGUACACCAUGGAAACAUUGCGCGUCGGAUGGGAACAGCUGUUGACUUCAAUCAAUCGCAAUAUCAACGAAGUUGAAAACCAGAUCUUAACUAGAGAUUCGAAAGGAAUCACACAGGAGCAGCUGAACGAAUUCCGCGCUAGUUUCAAUCACUUUGACAAGAAUAGGAGUGGCCGUUUAGCCCCUGAUGAGUUCAAAUCAUGUCUUGUCAGUUUGGGCUACAGCAUUGGAAAAGACAGACAAGGAGAAAUAGAUUUCCAGCGUAUUUUGGCUGUUGUGGAUCCCAAUAGCACUGGUUACGUAACUUUCGAUGCCUUCCUCGAUUUCAUGACACGAGAAUCUACAGACACAGACACAGCGGAACAAGUCAUCGAUUCCUUCCGUAUUCUGGCAGCCGACAAACCGUACAUUUUAGCAGAUGAAUUACGUCGAGAACUACCACCAGAUCAAGCAGAGUAUUGUAUUCAACGGAUGCCACCUUACAAAGGACCCAACGCAGUGCCUGGAGCUCUGGACUACAACUCUUUUUCAACAGCUCUUUAUGGAGAAUCAGAUCUGUAAAAUUCUUGAAUCCUAUCAAGCUUUAAUUUCGAAAAAUCUCUAUGAAGCAACCAAAGAAGCAAUCACUGGUUUGAAGAUCAUCCCCUGCUAACCGAGCAUAAGUUUACAUUAAUCAUAAUUCCUUUGCUUGAUGUGGAGAGUUGCGGUUAUUUUCAGACCACAUCGUAAUUAUUGUAUUAAUUUUUUUUCACAUUAUCUUUUCUCCCACAAACAUGUAUUUUCAUCAUUGAUGAUUUUUUUAGGGAAGUCCAAUCUUAACAACCUUUGCUCUUCUUUUUUUUAAAAAUUAUAUUUUGGUAUUAAGGUCUAUUUUAUCAGUCAUUUGCUCAAAAGCCCAUUUUAUACAAUUAAAGUUUUGUUAUAAAUGAAAAGCUCCGGAAGCUGUAAGAAACCAAGUAAAUCGUCCAUCUCGCAUGCUGAACAUUUGUAUUUUAGAUUUUUUUGUGAAAGAAAUAUGCAUGCAUUUAUUUUAUUUAAUUUUUGUAUUUGAUCAUUGUUGUCUAGUGUGUAAAACUAAUUUUAAUCAUGGUUUUAUCCCCCUCAGAAACAAUUUUUAUUGCAUGAUUAACUCCUGUUCUUGAUACGACCCGAAGGCUCGUAUCACCGAUCAGCUGAUUAAAAUUUUUGAGAGUCUAUUUUACCAAGUAUAUUUUUAAGAAAAUUAUCUGAUCAAUAUUCUUAAUAAAAAAUUUGAAUGGUUAAAAUCAUUUGUAAGAAAAUAUCCAUUCAUAAAUUUCAAUUAUUUUUAUACUUAGUUAAGAGGCUUAUCAUCGCUUUAAUGCCCUUAUCUUAUAUAAGUAGUACUCUGUAGAAAGCAGUGGACUCAGAAUUUGAAUAUUGAUACUUGCAAUAUCUUGUAAAAAAAAAAUUUCAAUGCAAAAUUAGCAGUACACAUAUUCUUAAUUUUAUGCACUGAAAACGUUGUUUGUUGAGUUGUAUUAAUUUUCACAACCAUUUCUCUAAUCAUCGAUUUCUGUUUUUUAUUUAGUACUGUUGGGGUAUUCAAGGUUUGAAUUUUUCAUCUCCUCUCAUUUUUACAAAUUUACUUUCAAUCAUUAUUCUCAAAUAUAUUUUCUCGGCAAGUGUACGUGCGUUUUAUGAUUGGGAAAACUUUAAAUGAAUCAGAAAAUCGAAAAUCAUUAAUCAUAUUUUAAGAAUUAUUGAAAUGAAGGGUUAAAAUUUAAUGUGAGAAAACUGAACAACUCUUCCGAUUGAUCGCAAUUUUACCAAUUGGUUGUUGGUCCUACUUAGAAAGUUUUAUCGCAUUAAUAAUAAGUCUUUGAACCAAAGUAUUUUUUAUCUUUAAACUAAUCAAAAGUACCUAUUUAUCGUGGCGGUGCUCCCACUCGUGCAAGCUAAUUUAUAUUUAUUUUUCCCCCUUUUUUUCACCUUCAGUUACUUUUGUAUCAGUGAGUGAUCUUAAUAUCCAUCCAUCCAUUCUGCGGUUACCGAUAUCAGUUGCUGGUCUUAUGACAAGUAAUAUGCCGUCUUCAAAAUGAAUUGUGCUGUCGCUCAUCACUUUUCUGGAUUCUUUGCCAUACUAAAGUGAUAAUUUUCAAUGUCGCUAAUAAUUUGAUAGGGAUUUCACCCUUUAAUGUGAACGAGCUAAUCUCUGAUUUUUUAUUAGGAUCAAUGAUUGGUCAAUCAUUCAUCUCCUAACUUCUCGUUUUGUACGUAAAUGUAUCUUCUUCUCGGGCGAAAUUAAAUUUCAGCUCCAAUGUAAUCCUGCUCUAUCCUUAGGUGUAUCUACUAAAAAUUAUUGGUUUUAUUUUUAUGGUCUAAUUAUCCGUGCCAAAAGUUUACCUGAGCUAUCUAGUUUUGUUAUUAUUUAUGUUUUUGACUGUAAAUAAUUUAUUUAUUUUAUCUCUCUCUCUCUCUUUCUUUCUUCUUUCAUUUUGAUUUUCUUUUUUCCCCCUCUAUCCUUUCAACUCACUUUCUUUUGCCCUUUUGACAUACGAUUGUCUCAUCGUUGUUCAUUCAACUUCAUUAUCUAAUUUAUUUACUUUCUCCAUCACCUUCUUGAAUUUUUGCUUAAAUAAGCAAAAAAAAUGAGUCAUGUACAUCUUUUAUAGUUCUUGAUUUUCAUCUGAUAAACUUGCUCUAGUACUUUUUUCUUUUCUUUCAUUUUUAAUCUGAAAUCUCAUUCAGUGUAAAGUACAGAACAUCAUGUAAAUAUAGCUGAUUUGGAAAAGAGCAGUAAUGAAACAUACAGCUUUAAAAAGCAAAAAAACUUCAGGGUGGGCAUGUAUGUGUGUCUCUUACAAAAAGUAUACAAGGCUUGAAACUUGAAAAAACAAAUGAGAACUGAAUCACGAGAAUUAAAGUGAAAAAGAACACCAACUGAUAGUAACGAAAUGAUACAGUGAAACAUUAAUUUGAAAAUCCAUUGAUUAUGGUAAACUCUUAAGAAUUUUAUCCAAUUUUAUUUCAAUAAUUUUGAAUGUGUAUUUAUUUAUUUAUUUAAUAUUUAUUCGCCUUUGUCAUGUAUAUUUACUUUUGUAAUAGUCCAUCUUUCCUUUUGAUCAUUUCAAUCAGAGAUGGAUUUCUCUAUUGUUCCUGCGUCCAAAAAAAUACGCGUCCUGCGUAAUGAAAUAAACUGAAGCUUACAGAAUAGAACCUCAGCAAGUUUUCCUUGAUUCUGCAAGGAGAACAGCUCGGUCUGUUCCGCUGGUUUUUUUUUUUUUAAAUCUUAAUACAAGGAUUCAAGGAAUGAUAUAGUCUCAUUUCCCUUUUUUCAUAAGCAUUAUACAAUUGAAUGUCGAAGGAAUUCUGCUCCAAGAACCAACUCUGCAUAAGUAUUUUUAUUAUAAAUUAUUUUCUGAUAAUUUUAUCAUUUUCCGUAGUCUAUUUUGGAAUUGUUUUGUGUAUAAAUUACAUAAACAUACAAUGUAAAA